AUGUCACCAACUAACAAUGGUCGAAACAAGAAGCUAGGUCCCAGGCGUAAGGUGCCGGGUCGCGUGUCAAAAUCCAAAAGUCGUGCCAAAGUGCAGGCUGGAGACGCAAAGCGAGUGCUCGAUGCAAACGCCCUGAAGUGGGAAAAGGUCGAUGUACCAGAUACGUUGGGCGAUUUUGGGGGGUUUUACGGACUAGAAGAGAUCGACGGCGUCGACGUGGAGGUCGUCGAUGGAAAAGUGCAGUUUGUUGCCCGGGAUGAGAGCCGUCUCAAGAGUCCUGCGGACGCUGUAGAUGGCACAGAUAUGGUUGAGGUCGAUGAGGAUGCAGGGAUGGAAGAUGUCACGGAGUUCCGAAACUUGGAUGAUGUUGCGGAGGGCGAAUUGAGCGCACUAUCUGACGAGGGCUCGGCGUCGGAGGACGAUGGUUCUGACUCUAGUGGGAGCUCUGAUAUGGAUGAGGACGACGAUCAGGAGCUUCAAUCAGAAAUAUUCAAUAAGGACAUUGGCCUAGAUGAAGCGGAAGCCCCAGAGCUUCCUUCGUGGACCAACACCAUGAAGCUCUCUGCAACCGUGCUGCAAGGUUUGUCAAGGCUCGGUUUCAGCAAUCCGACCGAAAUCCAGCUGCAGUCUAUACCAAAAGCGCUUGACGGCCAUGAUAUUAUGGGCAAGGCCAGCACAGGGUCCGGUAAAACUCUGGCAUACGGUAUCCCAAUUCUAGAGGGCAUUAUACGUGAUGACACAGACUCCCGCCCCAUCGGCCUAAUCUUCACUCCGACUAGAGAACUGGCACACCAGGUCACCGACCACCUGAGGGAAGUCGGCGCGUUAUUGGUAAAGCGCAAUCCUUAUUCGAUUAUGUGUCUCACAGGAGGGCUUUCUAUUCAGAAACAGGAGCGUCUCUUGAAAUAUAAGGGCUCCGCUCGGGUAGUCGUGGCUACGCCCGGUCGAUUCCUGGAGCUACUCGAGAAAGAUCAGACGUUGAUAGACCGGUUUGCAAAGGUUGACACUUUGGUCUUGGAUGAGGCAGACCGUCUACUACAAGACGGUCAUUUCGAGGAGUUUGAACGUAUCCUGAAGCACUUGAGUCGGGCGCGUAAGUUUACUAACGGAAAGAAACAUGGUUGGAAAACCAUGAUCUACUCUGCUACAUUCUCGCUUGAUUACUUCAACAAGCUGUCGAACACUUCCUGGAAGAAGAUGAAGAAAGCCCCAUCAGAAAAUGAGAUGGAGGAAGUACUAAAGCAUCUCAUGACUAAGAUCCCCUUCAGAGGGAAGCCAUUGAUUAUAGACACAAACCCAGAGCAGAAGGUUGCAUCGCAGAUUAAAGAAUCGCUGAUAGAAUGUCUGCCUACAGAGCGUGAUUUAUAUGUCUACUACUUUGUGACAUUAUAUCCUGGCACCACCCUUGUAUUCUGUAACGCCAUUGACUCUGUGAAGAAGCUAAAUGCGUACUUGCAUAACCUAAAGAUUAGUGCAUUCCAGAUCCAUUCAUCCAUGCUUCAAAAGAACAGACUAAAGAGUCUGGAAAAGUUCCAGGAACAAGCAAAGAAGAACCAGGCACUAAAUAAACCGACUGUUUUAAUUGCGAGUGACGUUGCCGCAAGAGGGUUGGAUAUCCCUGGUAUUCAGCAUGUUAUCCACUACCAUUUGCCGCGUUCUGCAGAUGUCUACAUCCAUAGGUCUGGUCGGACAGCUCGGGCUGAAAACGAAGGUGUCGCAGUAACCAUAUGUUCCCCACAGGAGGCGAUGGGACCGCUAAGGAAACUGCGCAGAGUCCUAGCUGGCAAGGCGGGGUCGAAGGGGAAACGGUGGCAGAAUGAGAUUGCCCUACUGCCAGUAGAACCGGACAUUGUAUCACAGCUUCGUGAGCGCAGUCGUCUGGCCAGCGCCCUGGCAGACAGUGAGAUAGCUACUAGCUCGUUGAGUAAGGAUGACAACUGGCUGAAGAAGGCUGCUGAUGACCUGGGCAUUGAUGUUGACUCCGAUGACGAAACCAAGGAUACCUUCCUCGCUAAGAACAAGACUAAGAAAUUAAACAAACAACUAGACAAAUCAACUUCGAAGUCAUACAAGAUGGAAUUGAACGCGUUACUAAAUACACCAAUUAGGAAAGACGCCAGGAAAAGCUACCUGACUGGCGGUCUCAGCAACCUUGCCGAUGAUCUGACCAAAAAGAAGGGACAUAGCAGUAUCAUUGGUCAUGAUAAGGUCGAUGCAUUGACCCUGCUUAAAAGUAAGUCAAAGAGAGCUAAGCGCUGA